GGAGUAAAAUUUUCUCUCCUCUAUUCCUUCCCGCCUCUAUUGUUUACAUCGGAACGUCUGUGUUUGGCGGCCACGUGCUUGCCUCUUCCCGCCCCCUCCUGUGUGUUCCCGCCCCACGUGUCCUGUGCUUUGUUGGAAUGUUUGUGGUGGAGGGGCAGAGUAAUGCACGGGGCCUGAGCAGUUUAAGAAUGAGAAUCCUACAGUUUCGUCGGGGCCGCCUCCUGAAGGGGCUGCUGGCGGUGACGGUGGCAGCGGUGGUGGUAAUCCUGCUCGCCUCCCACGCCACGUCCUCAGGGAGCCACGCCUUCAGAUCAGCUGGCGCCCUUAUGAGCAAGGCCAAGCAGCGAGUGGUCUACCUUGGCGACAAAUUAGGUAACUUCGAGCCCCCCAGAGCAGCGCAGAAGGGAGGUCCAGGGGAGGGCGGGAAGGCACACCACCUCUCGGCCGCCAAGCAGAAUGAAGGGUCUCAGUCCGUCAGCGAGUAUGGCAUUAACAUGGUGGUGUCUGAUGAGAUUGCCAUGGACAGGGAUAUACCAGACACAAGGAAUCCUGAGUGUCCCCACUGGCAGUACCCUGAGGACCUGCCCACAGCCUCAGUGGUGAUAGUCUUCCACAAUGAGGGCUUCUCCACCCUCAUGCGUACUGUUCACUCUGUCAUUGACCGCUCCCCUCCACAGUUCCUGAAGGAGGUGCUGCUGGUGGACGACUUCAGCGACAAGGCCGCCCUGAAGGAGCCACUGGAGGAUUACAUAUCGCGGUGGGGCAGCAAGGUGCGGCUCAUCAGGAACAAGGAGCGGGCUGGCCUCAUCCGCACUCGCACAACAGGGGCGGAGGAGGCCAGGGGGGAGGUGGUGCUCUUCCUGGACGCUCACUGUGAGGUCAAUCGGAACUGGCUGCCUCCUCUCCUGGCGCCCAUUUAUAGGGACAAAUACACUAUGACAGUCCCAGUGAUUGAUGGCAUUGACCACGACACCUUUGAGUACCGGCCUGUGUAUGGGGCUGGCAGUAACUUCAGGGGCAUCUUUGAGUGGGGGAUGCUGUACAAGGAGACGGAGCUGCCCCCUGAGAUUGAGCGCUCCAGAGAACACCAGAGUGAACCUUAUAAAGCUCCAACACACGCCGGCGGUUUGUUUGCCAUCAACCGCGAGUAUUUACUGAGUCUUGGGGCGUAUGAUCCUGGCCUGCUGGUGUGGGGCGGUGAAAAUUUUGAGCUCUCAUUCAAGGUGUGGCAGUGCGGCGGCAGCAUUGAGUGGGUGCCGUGCUCCAGAGUGGGCCACGUGUACCGAGGGUUCAUGCCGUACAACUUUGGCAAGCUGGCCGAGAAGAAGAAGGGUCCACUCAUCACCAUUAACUACAAGCGUGUCAUUGAGACCUGGUUUGACGACAAGUACAAGGAAUAUUUCUACACCAGGGAGCCUCUUGCUAGGUUCCUGGACAUGGGCGACAUAAGCAAGCAGCUGGAACUGAAGAAGAGGCUGAAUUGCAAGAGCUUCCAGUGGUUUAUGGAGAAUGUGGCCUAUGACAUGCUGAGGAAGUACCCGGAGCUGCCCAAGAACAUCCACUGGGGCGAGCUAAGUGGGUACGGCAACAGCUGCUGGGACACUGCUGGCCAGGACGCGCCGGCGAGGGUGGUGGUGUACCCUUGCUUGGGGAGGGAGAUGUUCGGGGACACCAGUCAGUUGAUCAGACUGAACGCAGAGGGCCAGCUGGGUGUGGGAGAGCGCUGUAUUGAUGCAGACGGCCAAGGCAUUAAGUUGAUUUUCUGCAGACUGGGCACAGUAGAUGGACCUUGGCAGUAUGAUGAGCAAAACCACGUGUUGCUGCACAAACGGAUCGGGAAGUGUGUGGCACUGCACCCCCAGACCUACCAGCUGUCCCUCAUGCCCUGUGACCCCAUCAAUAACUACCAGAAGUGGACCUUUAACCAGUUCGUUCCAAAGUGGUAGUUGGUCGCUCACUAACUUAACUACUCCUCCUCCUCCUCCUCCUCCUCCACUGUCCUUAUGGUCUAUUUAUGUAAGUCAGGACAAAUUAUAUCUGUUGUUAUGUCGUUUAAUACUCGGAACUGCAGUCAGAAAACACGGCAGAUUAUGGGACUAUCAGCCUCUCUAGCAACAAAAAGGGCCCUCUGUUAUAUGAAAAAAGGCUUAUUUGUAGGGUACGUUAGGUUAGGUUUACUUCAACAUUCCACUAAUUGUUCUUGUUUACCCUUCAAUGGCUGGACGCCUCAUGAAUCUUAAAUUUUUAGGUCACAGGUGAUCUCUACUCAUUGUCAUGUUUUGAAGCCAUAAGCAGCCUUGUCUCCAGUGUUCAGCCGUACGUCUUCCCUCACACACCAUCUCCAGGCCUUCAUUCUUUUCAGUAGUCUUGUAGUUUAUUGAAAGGUAACUGAACAUGUCCUCAGAAGUGGCAGGGAUGGCUGGUGUUCCUGUGAUCUACCGCAGCAAUUAUUGGCACAGCACAGGUAGCUACAGGGAUGACGCUGUUCAGUUUACUCAAUUUAACAGUGCAGGAAGAACUGAACCUCACAACUUGCCAUAGAGAGAGAAUACACUGUGCAGAUACUGUGUGAUCGGCAGACUGGUGUUAUAAGAAUCUAGAUAACUCAUUGUUGCAUCAAAGCAUUACCUGCAGUGUGGUAAAUAGAAUCCCACUGAGACUCAUGUAUAGUCAAGCAUAGUCAGCAAACACAGCAGUACAGCCACACAGCAAGACCAGCAGCCAUCACUCACAGCAGUCAGUAAUCUUCAGAAACUCAGUGGUCUCAAAUAUCUCACGUGUUUGAAGGCAGUAGGUGUACUCAGUGUGGCUGGAAGCUUGGAAGAGGACCACUAAUUAUUAUAUGACACUAAACACAGUCUUUGGUAGAAAUAGUGAGGCAGCAAAGUUUCAAUCACAGAAAAUAUCAAUGUUAGUUUGGCAGUAAGGAAACAGCAGCACAGCAGUAAACCACGGCAUUAAAGCUGCAGUAGAAACAGUGAAGACUCUGAUUCUUUGUAGAUGUAAACAAGGUGUAGAUUUUGUCUCCAGGCCACACAGCUUACAUACAGCCAGUUUGUAAACACUGGUGGGUUGAAAAUUGUGCUUCUGUGUCAGUUCCACCUUUGAAAGUUCCUCCUUGAAGAUUUCACUUUAAUUUUCAUCACUUUGUAUUGCAUUUGUCAUUUUUCCAUGUGGUUGGACAGCUUGUGUUUGAGAAGGGAGUGUGCUUGAUGUCAGUGCAACUAACAAACAGAAAUUACUUUUUUUUAUAUAUACCAUGUGGGCUUUUCAUGGGAAUUUAUGGGCUAAAGGGGAAACUUUUUGUGGUACCUCCUAUCUCAAAGCCCACCUGCUUGGAAACCAUUGCCCUGAGUGAGAAACCCAACCUACACUCUGACUGUACCACUUGGAGAUCCCUCGGAUCCCAAAGCACUCAUGGUUCCACCCUACCACGGCGGCUGUGACCUUUUGCUUAAUAAUUCUCUGAUAAUUUCCCACAAGGCUAAGAAAACUACGUAACCUAACCUUGUAUUUAUAACAUUAAUUUUGCACAGAACCAUAAUUUAAACCUAAGCAUACAUCAUGAAAAACACAACCUGACUCACCAAGGGAGAAAUCUGAUAGGAGGAAAUAUUCAAGACAGAACAUUUUGCACUGACAACAAACCUAAGGCAUUUACCUGCAUUUGUGUGAGAAAAGACAAGGCACUAGAGACCUUCAGCAGCAGAACUUGUCUCUCUAACACCAUUUGGCUGUGUAGUAAAUGAAUGCUGAACCCGCCUGCUAGAUGAAGCCAAGUGUCGAGUGUCUGCACAGCAAGGCGUCGAGGAGCUACACUCACAGGGGGCACAAAGACUACCAUUUCACCAGCAGCAGUUACCCUGUCUACCACGCUUUGGUGAUUGUGACGCUCCAUGUUACUAUGUGUGUUUGGAUGACAGUGGAUGUGUGUAUGUAUGUAUGUGUGUCUGGAUAUGAGGAAAGCUGCAAGAAUUUAUCAGGCUGUGUGUGUUGUGUUAGCACCACAUUGCACAAAGAGUAAAGGAGGACCUGAGUUGUAAAUCCUCUCAUCGCUGUUUAGAAAAGUUGUUGAUAUUGUUACUGCUGUGUCUAGGUGGAGGUUACAGGCAUUCCAUGACCUUGUGUGUGUGUGUGUGUGUGUGUGUGUGUGUGUGUGUGUGGGUCUAGCACUUGUUCCUCAGUGUAAUAUCUUUGAAAACCACUGGAAUUUUAUAGCCAGUUUAUAGGACGAGGAUUACAACUACUACAACUACUACUACUACAUACAUCCCUAUAACUUAUUGAUUAGUGUACCGAUUGCUUGUGUCUGCAGGCUACUGUUAGUGUGGUCAUCAGAGCCACGUAUAGCAGCCUUGACAUGGGUGACAUAUCAGGCUCUGCAAGUGGAUUGCAGGAGGCAUUGUGUGUCUGGUGAAGAGGUAGUGUUAAGGUGAAGUGUGGCUUAGAACAGGUUCCCCAUUGAACACUGGUUGUUUUGACUGGGGAUUUCAAGUUUUGAUUGAUGCUGUGUGUGUGUGUGGGUGUAUGUGUGGGUUGUAGGAAGAUGUGGAGCAAGGAUCUUAACAUUACACAGGUUGUCGUGAUUCUUUAGGCACCUAGAGAAUAUUUUUUAAUGAUGCUGUGUGUGGAUUGUGACGAGAUGCAGCAAGGAUCUUAACAUACACAGGUUAUCGUGAUCUUUUGUGUUGAGUUGUCUUGGUGAUUUAAUACAUUUUUGAGGGACGGAACUGAUCGUGUCUACCGCGCAAAGUUUAUGUGAUGGUGUUCUGCAAGGUGACGAGUGGGUGCUUUGCUAGUUCAUACAGACGUUUGGAAAUACGGACAGCUGGUGAUUGAGGGCGACUGAUGAAAACACAGCUAUGAAGUGACUUAAUUAUCCCUAAGCCAAGUGCAUUCUGUGGCUUAAUGUUAGUUUGUACUCUGGUGUUGGAAUCAUUUGUUUUUCCUACAUGAGGUAUGAUCUGUACUGGAAUAAAUGAAAAGUGUUAUUUAA